AUGACGAACACUUUCAUCAAUUACUCCUUCACACUGAAGUACGCUGGCUGUCCAAAGGCUUAUACUAUUUUAGAAUUUCUGGAUACUAAAGAUAAAAUUUUAAAAGAAAAUUUAAUGAAGAGGGAAACAGGCAUCGCCUAUUUAACAUAUUUGUUUACAAAAUUUAAUAUGGUUAAUUUGCAAUUACAAGGCGACAGUUUAAAUUUGAUUAAAACAAAGUCCAUCUUAUCAGCGUUUCUUGCCAGAGCUAAACUAAUGAAGCAAAAUAUUGGACGGGACGAAUCUUCUCAGUUCCCCAAUUUGUCACAGACAAGCUGCCAGGAAGACGACGUUUCAACUUACGUUCAACAUUUAAAUGCCCUCUAUUCAGAUUUUGAAUCUAGGUUUGAGGAUAUUUUGACUAUGGUAAUACCACUAACUAAGUACAAACGAAGAACUUAA